AUGCAAACGAAAAAUGAAAAAAAUAUGAAAAAUAAAUAUAAAAAUGAUCUCAAUGAAAAUAAUGCAGAUAUAAACUAUAAUGAAAAUAAUAAAAAUAAGUAUUUAGAUGUAGAAAAAAAAAAUAUGAAUAAUAUAAAAAGAAAAAGUAAAAGUGUAGAUGAACAAUAUCUUAAAAAUGAAUAUUUAGAUUUAGAGAAUAGAAAUAUAAGCAGUAUACAUAGAAGAAGUAAAUAUAUAGAUGAAGAAAACUUUAAAAAUGAAUGUAAAAAUAAUGAAAGAAAAUCUUCUUGUAUAUAUAAAAAAAAAAAAAGUUUAGAUGAACAGAAUUUUAAAAAUGAUCUUUUAGAAGAUGAAAAUAAAAAUAAUUUAAAAAGUGAAUAUAAAAAAAGAAAGAGUUCCAAAGAUAUAAAAUACUAUAAAGAAUUGAAGCAUUUAAAAGAGUUAGUAAAUUGUAAAGAAAAUAAUAAAUUAAGCAACAUUAUUAAAUUAUAUGGUUAUAAUAAAGGAAAUAGUAUAAAUAAAUUUAAAUCUGGGAUUAAUUCAACUAUAAAUGACACAUUAUUAAAUUCGGAAAAUUUUGAAUCCAAAAUAAGAACAUUUAAAAUAAGAGCAUUAUGGACAUUUAUAUUAAUCAGUUUAUAUUUUCUUAUUUUAGCUGCAGGACAUUUUUAUUGUUCUCUUUUAGUGUUAAUAUUAGUGACUAUAGUAUAUAGAGAAAUUAUAUCUUUAAAAAGUAUAGAGAAUAAAGACAAAAGAUUACCACAAAUAUUUUAUAUAAGAUGGUAUUGGUUUUUUUUAACUAUAAUUACCUUAGGUAUUCCUUGGAUAAUACCUAAAUUAAAACAUCAAAUAUGGUUUUUUAAUUAUUUAUUAGCAUAUCAUUCAAUAAUAAUGUUUAUAUUAGCAUUUAUUGGAUUUGCUUGGUUUAUUUUAUCAUUAAGAAAAUAUUCAUUAAAAUAUCAAUUUUCUCAAAUUGGUAUUAUAUUAUUAUCUUCCUUAUUUAUAGUAACACAAUCAUUAAUGCAUAUAGCAAAUAUAUAUUCAGGAAUGAUUUGGUUUAUUGUGCCAGUUUCUUCAGUUAUAGUUAAUGAUAUAUUUGCUUAUGUAUUUGGGAUAUUAUUUGGUAAAACAAGAUUAAUUGAAUUAUCUCCUAAAAAGACAGUAGAAGGAUAUGUAGGUUCUUCAAUUAUCACAAUAUUGUGGGGUAUAUUUAUUACAUAUAUCUUACAAAGGUAUAAAUUUUUUAUAUGCCCACAAGCAUAUAUUUCAUUUAUGCCAUUUUCAACAUGGAAUACUAUUGAUUGCGAAGAAAAUUCAAUUUUUCAACAGAACGUUUAUACUUUACCUAAACAUGUAUCAUCAGUUUUAUUCAUAAAUAAAAUAUAUUAUACCAAAAUGAUUUUUCAUGGAUUAGUUUUAAGUUUAUUUGCUGCUUUUUUAGCUCCUUUUGGUGGUUUUUUUGCUUCUGGUUUUAAGAGAGCAUUAAAAAUAAAAGAUUUUGGACAAUAUAUUCCAGGUCAUGGUGGUGUUACAGAUAGAUUUGAUUGUCAAAUUUUUGUUGGUAUGUUUACAUAUAUUUAUAUGAAAACAUUUGUUAAGAAAAAAAAUAAAAUAAAUUCUUAUGAUUUCCUCAUAGAAUCUAUACAAAGAUUAGACAAUAAAGAUAUUUUACGUCUUUUUAAUCAAUUAAAAACUAUUUUAGAUAAUAAAGAAAUGUUGAAAAACAAUACUAAUAAUAAAAAAAAGGAUGAUUUUAUUUUAAAAGAUGAUAAAUGUUUAGAUGAUAAAUGUGUAGAUGAUAAAUGUGUAGAUGAUAAAUGUUUAGAUGAUAAUUAUGUUGAACUAUAA